AAAAUGACUUCUUUGAUGCCUGUACGUUUUCAAGAACUCUUUUCUUUGAAAAAGGCUAAGAUCAAUCCUCGUAAUAUCUGUUUUGGAAAUGUGACUAUGGAAUCUGACAAGUACAUUGUUGUUAGAGAGGAACAUAAUUGCUUAAUUAUAAAUGUUGCUAACUCUACUGAUAUUGUUAGAAAACCGAUUAGUGCCGGAUCAGUUAUGAUGCAUCCAACAUCGAGGAUUUUGUCUCUUAAAUGUCAAGAGGGUAAGGCUAUGCAAAUAUUCGAUUUGGAAUUAAAGGCUAAAAUAAAAGCUUAUAUGUCAACAGAACAUGUUGUGUUGUGGACCUGGAUUAACUCAAAUACCAUUGGAUUUGUGACAGAAAGUUCUGUCAACCAUUGGGCACUAAAUGAUCGUUAUGCUGAACCUACCAAAGUAUUUGACCGACAUGCAACUUUACAGAGUGGUUCAAUAACCAGUUAUCGAGCUACUUCUGAUGGAAAGUUUCUUGCUCUUUUUGGAUUUCCUUCAAAAGAUGUCCGAAAUGUUGGGUCACUGCAACUUUACAGUACAGAGACAAAUACCUCACAAAUAAUUGAGGCUCAUGCUGCUUGUUUUGUUCAAUUAAAAAUGGAGGGGAAUCCAAAUCCAAGUAGUCUCUGUUGUUUUUCUUUACGUAAUGCUGCUGGGGAAGGAAAGUUGAACAUUAUGGAAGUCUCGCAAACUCCUACUGGCAACAAGCCAUACUUAAAGAAAACUGUUGAUUUCGUUUAUCCGGCUGAGGCUACUUCAGACUUUCCUCUUUCAAUGCAGGCGUCUUCAACUUAUGGAAUAUUGUACAUUAUUGACAGAUCUGGAUAUGUUUUUGUGUUUGAGAUUGAAACGGGCUGUUUGCUAUACAAAGUUAACAUUUCGCCAACUACAAUUUUUAUUACAACUGAACAUAAUAAUGGGUUUAUUGGAAUUAAUAGAGAUGGGCAGGUCCUCUCUUUUUGUGUGGAUGAAGAAACAAUCAUUCCUUACGUCACCGGACAAUUACAAAACCAUAACUUGGCUCUCAAAUUAGCAUCUCGUUUAAACCUUCCUUUGGAGUCUUUGAGGGAAUUGGUUCCAACUAUGUCGAGUAUCGAAGGUUCUGAUGCUUCUGAUCCACCACCGCCACAAAACACAGAAGCUAUUUCCGAUCGUUCUGAUUUAAUAAAUGCAACCCAAGCUGAUAGCAAGCAGAAAAUACACGAGGAGAAAUGUGCAAAGAAAAUAGAUGACGAGCAAUUAGAUAACAAACAAAAUGUUGGGGAAGACGAUUUGAAGACUUCUUUGAAACCAAUGGGUGACGUUCUUCCUGAGCAGACCCCAUUGAGUUCCAGCAGCAGUGGAGAGGUUCAAAAUGAUAAGGAGGUAGUCAACCAAACUUCUCUUGACAACGUUUUGGAUGAAGAAUUUUUGCACAAAUUUGAUUUGUUAAUCGAAAUUGAAAAUUUCCAUGAAGCUUCAAAAAUGGCUGCAGAAGCUCCUCAAAAUUUUCUUAAAACACUUUUAUUCCGCAAAUUUGAUUUAUUAGUCAAAAAUGGGAAUUAUACUGAAGCUGCAAAAAUGGCUUUAACAGCACCACAAAAUAUUUUUAGAACACCAGAAACUUUACAAAAAUUUCAAAAAACUUAUUCUCUUCUUAAAUAUUUACAAAUUUUAUUAGAACAAGACUCUUUAAAUAAAUGGGAGUCAUUGGAAAUAUGUCGAAUUGUUUCGGGCCAAAAACAACUUGUUGAAGAAUGGUUGUCUGAGGGAAAGUUGGAAUGUUGUAAGGAAUUGGGGGAUUUCAUUAAGCAAUAUGAUGUUGAUCUAGCAUCAAAAAUUUAUUUUCGAGGGGAUGUAAAAGGAUAA